UUAUGGAUUUCUAAUUCAUCAAACAACCUUUAGCUUCGAAGUAACUGAAACUGAUUUGUAUACAACAUAACUUAGAUUUUUAAUGUCCAUGACAAGUCACAAGUACAGAUGGUUUAUUAUAGAAUAAAGAAAUAUCACCAAAAGAAAGAAAUAAAGGCAAUGGAAACUUACGUGGUUAUUUUCUUCUGUCUGUUUAAAUCAGUAAUCAGUCAAGAUUCAAGCUCUAUUAUGACAUCUAUGUCCGAAAGUGUGCCUUUGAUGUCAGACAGCAUCAUGCCAAUGUCCUCAUCAGCAAUGUCAUGGUCUUAUAUGAUCUCCGGUACUCUUCUAUCUGAAGAAUGUCAAUGUCCUGUAUCUGAAAUGUUUUCAACGUCAAUGACACAGCAAUUCCAAUCUGCAUCAUUUGAGACGACAUUAUUAGUUCAAUCAUCAGAUUCGUAUUCUAUGAUGUCAAUAUCAGAUUCAUAUUCCAUGGUGUCAAUAUCAGAUCAGUCACAAUCGUAUUCCAUGACAUCGAUCCUCUCAGAUCAAUCUAUGGUAUCUUCGUCUGAUUGGAUGUCACAUCAAUGUCAGUGCAGUUCAGAUACAAUAAGCAUGAUGCCUAUGUCAUCUUUAUAUACGGACUCUUCAUUUAUAAUGGAACCUUCGUCAACGAUGUCUUUGGAACCUACGUCAAUGGUGUCAAUGGAACUAUCGAUGGAACUUUCGUCAAUGAUGUCAAUGGAACAGUCGUCAAUGAUGUCAAUGGAACAGUCGUCAAUGAUGUUAAUGGAAUCGUCAUCAAUGGUGUUAAUGGAAACAUCAUCGAUGAUGUCAAUGGAACCAUCUUUGAUGUCAAUGUCAAUGGAGCCAUCAAUGAUGUCAAUGUCAAUAGAGCCAUCAUCGAUGAUGUCAGUGGGACCAUCGUUAAUGAUGUCAAUGGAACCAUCUAUGAUGUCAAUGGAUCCAUCGUCAAUGAUGUCAAUGGAACCGUCUAUGAUAUCUAUGGAGCCAUCGUCAAUGAUGUCAAUGGAACCGUCUAUGAUGUCUAUGGAGCCAUCGUCAAUGAUGGUAAUAGAACAGUCAUCAAUUAUGUCAAUGGAACCAUCAUCAAUUAUGUCAAUGGAACCGUCUAUGAUGUCAGUGGAACCAUCCUCAAUGAUGUCAGUGGAACCAUCCUCAAUGAUGUCAAUGGCAAUCGAACCAUCGUCAAUGAUAUCUAUGGAGCCAUCGUCAAUGAUGUUGAUGGAAGAGUCAUCAAUUAUGUCAGUGGAACCAUCUAUGAUGUCAAUGGAACCGUCGUCAAUGAUGUCAAUGGAACCGUCGUCCAUGAUGGCAAUGGAACCGUCGUCAAUGAUAUCAAUGGAACCGUCGUCAAUGAUGGCAAUGGAACCGUCGUCAAUGAUGUCAAUGGAACCGUCGUCAAUGAUGGCAAUGGAACCGUCAUCAAUGAUGUCGAUGGAACCGUCGUCAAUGAUGGCAAUGGAACCGUCGUCAAUGAUGGCCAAGGAACCGUCGUCAGUGAUGUCGAUGGGACCGUCGUCAAUGAUGGCAACGGAACCGUCGUCAAUGCUGUUGAUGGAACCGUCGUCAAUGAUGGGAAUGGAACCGUCAUCAAUUAUGUCGAUGGGACCGUCGUCAAUGAUGGGAUUGGAACCGUCAUCAAGGAUGUCAAUGGAACCAUCUUCAAUGAUGGCAAUGGAACCUUCGUCCAUGAUGGCAAUGGAAUCAUCCUCAAUGAUGGCAAUGGAACCGUCAUCAAUGAUGUCAAUUGAACCGUCGUCUCUAAUGUCAUCUUUUGUAAUGUAUUCGUCAGCGACAGAGAUGUUAUCAAAUUCCGUUGAAACACCACAAUCCUCUGUUAUUACGUCAGCGAUGUCAGACACACCGUUAUAUACAAGUAUGUCAAGCUCAAUAACACCAUCAUCCAGUUCAUCCAUCGUGCCAACAUCAAGCAUAACAGUAAACACUGUACAGUAUAUUGUAAACAAUUGCUAUAAUUCAUCUGGUACAUUGCAAUGUUUGAUCGACAAUUACUUACCAGCAUGCCAGCCAUCCCCAGAUGAUGUUCAGUGCGUAAUAACACAAAUAGAAGCUGCAUCGUGUGUAAAUUCGACCAUGGUUAAUGAAACUUGCAUGGAAAAUACGUAUGGAGAAUGUUUAAUAUCAAAUCAGAACACAGCCUUGGCAUGUUUGAAGAACAGUGUUGGAGCUGGUUCUUGUCUUUCUUCAAGUGAUGCUACUCAGUGUCUUAUAAACGCUUUUUCGGCAGGUAACUCAGUAUUCACAGGAGACACUCACUCUCGUCUGUUUAUCGAAGUAGUAUGUGUACUGAUAGUAAUCUCUAUAUAAAAACUGUGGAUAACUGGUUUUCUAUAAGUAAUAAUCAAAAUGAGAUCGAAUAUUCAAACAUCAUCGAAAACUACAGCACUUGCAAUAAACUGUUGCCUUCAUUGUUAAAAUCUAGAAAAGGACCGUCCAUGUCAUUUUGACUGUGAUAUAAACUGAAAUGAUCACCUUAUUGUUAUUUUUAUAUAAUCGUUGACUUUCUUUUUUUCGCUCCCCUUGAUAAUAUGCUCAUGAUGAGUUAUUAUCAUCACUUUGCGUACGUAGUUUACAAACAUUUUAAGCUUCGUCUGAAACUCUGAGCCAAAUUUUGAUUUUUUUUUGUUGCUAAUUAGUUGGCAAGUAUGGCAGCUAUUUUGUUGGGUUGAUUACUAAUGAAAGCCUGCGAAAAUAACAUUUUGUUUUUUUUUCUCUCUCAGAAAUCAUGCAGGUGACCAAUCUUAGGAUCAGUAUAAUAUCUCCAGGUAUAAUGUACUAAUCAUAUUUUCAUAAAAGAAGGUCACAUGAGGCCUUACUUGAUCCUCAUUUCUCAAUUUUCAAAUCUCCUCUGAAGUACAAAGUUAAUUAAUCUUCUAUACUUGUCCAGUCGUUUUAUACUUUCUAUCUUAAAAAAAUCAAAUCAUCAGAAUCAAUAAAAAAAAUCCAUGGUCAUCAAUGGGAAUUCUUGAUGAAGAUGUGUCUGCUAUGUAUCAAUACUCAUUAUAUGCAACAAAAUAAAUGUCAAAUUAAUAAUCAAAAGCUAAUGAUACAACUAAACUGGAAAAAAAACAACUGUCAGGGGAGAUCAUCUGAAAUUAAACUAAAUCUUGUAAUAAGUAGUAAUAAGAUGGCUUUAAUAUAAAUGGAACAAAAAUAUGUGCUAUGUUGGAAGAAAAAUAAUAAAUCAUUAUAAGUUUAACUACAAUGUAAAGUAAAUAAAUUAAUCAAAAUAUAGCUGAAAAAAGAACACUGAUCAAAUUAGCAAAUCUUUAAUUUCAUAUUGAAACCAAAGUAAACCCUUCAAAAUUGAUAGGAAAAAUAAUUUAGAGAGAUUGGCAUAUAUGGCUAUGCUUAUUUGAAUCACUAUAUAAAGUUUUUUUAAUUCCACUUUCAUUCUGCCACUAAAGGUUAAGUAAGCAACAAUAAACAAUCAAUCUGUCAUCUUUCAUUCCGAUCAGAUGGAAAACAGAACUAUUUCUGGUGGGCUUAAAAUAGAAGGAAAAUUUUCUUGCAAAACCUGUCAAACUUGAGAAUUUAAUAAGGUUGCAAUGUAAUCAUUGUUGACAUUGAAUGUAGACAGGUGAGGGUAACAUGCUUUCUUACUUCUUAUAUUUUUUGUACAUAAUGUUAAUAAUGACGAAAAGGCUCAACAAGAACCUUGAAACUUUAUUUUAUUUGUAUUUGUAUCGAUGAAUGAUAAGAAGUGAAAUUAGAGGUGAUAAAAGACUGAAAAGAUGGAAAGUUCCAUACUAAUUGUGGAUAUUCCUUUUCGAAAGUAAACAACUGAAUAUAUGCGAUUGUUAGUAAGUAUUAUGACGUUGUUAAAACGAAAUUGAAUGGUAAGAGUAAAAUUUGAAAAAAAAUAUAGCAUAGCAAAAGGAAUGUUAUGCCGUACGACAAUACAUAUUAACAUUUUCUAUAUUUGCACUGCGUAUUGCAAUUGGAUGGAGACAUCUUGAAACUUUCACGAACAUCGUAUAUUGUAUUUCUCGAAAUUUUGAGAUAAUAAUUACAAUGUAGAACAAUAUUUUGGAACCAAUUAUUGAUAUUGUGGUAAUUCUAUAUAUUUAAAGAAGAAUUAAUUUAUAAAAAAUCAAGAUACUGUUGUGAUAUUAGAUUUAGAUAGCGUAUUUUUUAAACUUUAUUUUUUUUGUAGCUCUUACAUUCCAUUGUAAUUUUAUCUAUCUCUUCUAUUUAUACAAAUAUAAGGAAAAUUUUAUUUAUUUAUUUUAAAAUAUUCAUUUACUGAAUCGUUUGCUUAUUUAUGUCAUUCAUUUUUAAAUUGUUAUAUACCUUACACCAGAUCGUAUGCUUCCUUUGGUAUAUAACUUACAAGAUCUUUCUUAGACCCUUAAAACAAGAUUGGGAUUAAAUGAUUCUCUAGUAUUGUCGACAAUGUAUUUCAUUUCUUUAGGCUUAAUGUAAAAAUCCACAUAUUUUUUUUCUUGGGGUAAAUGUCAUUUGUUCAUAUGCUAUAUGUAUUUCUCAGAAAACUGGAUCAUUUGUUACCAGUUCUGCGAGCUCAAAUAUUUACUAAUAAAUAUGACAAUUCUGACGCGAGUUCGACCCAAACAAUGAACACUUAACAGUUCUAACUGUAUUUUAUAGAGUAGUAAUCGACAACAACAGCCUCAUCAAGAAUCAAAGUGUUUAUAAUUAAAAAAAAUUGAUGGUAAAUGAUAAUCAGAAGCAUCAAGAAUAUAAGUACAUGUUAUGUAAUAUAUUGAGCAUGAAUUGUGCUGGGGGAAAACUGUGAUAUAAAUGUUGUUUAUUUUUAAAUAAAAUAUUUCACUUAG